GUACGUGGAGCGGGGCCCGGCGGGUCGCGCGGCUCCCGGGAGUCCGGCCGCAGCGCAGCGGGGCGGCCCGCGUUCGGCCGCCCGCGGGAACUUGGCGGCGGCGGCGCCGCAGGUGUGGAGGCCGCGGAGCGGGGGUUGCAUGCGCCGAGCGAGGUGCGGCGCGGAGAGCGGCGGCUGGUCCGGCGCCGGCCCCUGCUGGAGUCGCCGGGAGGAGGCGAGCGAGGAGCCCAGAGGUGUGUGCCGCCUUCCUGGUCCUGGAGAAAAAUGCCGGUCCGGAAGCAAGAUACCCAGAGAGCAUUACAUCUGUUGGAAGAAUAUCGAUCGAAACUAAGCCAGACUGAAGACAGACAGCUCAGAAGUUCCAUAGAGCGGGUUAUUAACAUAUUUCAGAGCAACCUCUUUCAGGCUUUAAUAGAUAUUCAAGAAUUUUAUGAAGUGACCUUACUUGAUAAUCCAAAAUGUAUAGACCAUUCAAAGCAGUCUGACCCAGUUCAGCCUGUGAACACUUGGGAGAUUGCCAGCCUUCCAAGCACGACUGUGACGUCAGAAGCCCUGCCCAGCAGCCUUAGCCCUCCAGUAGAGAAAUACCGGUAUCAGGAUGACGAGGUCCUUCCUCCAGAGCACAUUUCCCCACAAGUCACUAAUGAGGUGCUCGGUCCAGAACUGGUGCAUGUCUCCGAGAAGAACCUGUCAGAGAUUGAGAACGUCCAUGGGUUUGUUUCUCAUUCUCACAUCUCACCAGUUAAGCCAACAGAAGCUGUUCCUCCCUCCUCUCCCACUGUCCCCGUGACCCCUGCCCUGCCAGUCCCUGCUGAGAGUACUGUCGUCCUGCCCACCGCACCACAGGCAAAUCCUCCUCCAGUGCUGGUCAACACAGACAGCUUGGAGACAACAACUUACGUUAAUGGCACUGAUGCAGAUUAUGAAUAUGAAGAAAUCACACUUGAAAGGGGAAAUUCGGGACUUGGUUUCAGCAUUGCAGGAGGUACAGACAACCCCCACAUUGGAGAUGACUCAAGUAUUUUCAUCACCAAAAUUAUCACAGGAGGAGCGGCUGCCCAGGAUGGAAGACUACGGGUAAAUGACUGUAUACUGAGAGUAAAUGAAGCCGAUGUUCGUGAUGUAACCCAUAGCAAAGCAGUUGAGGCAUUGAAAGAAGCUGGAUCUAUUGUGCGAUUAUAUGUGAAAAGGCGGAAACCAGCAUCAGAGAAAAUAAUGGAAAUAAAGCUUAUUAAAGGUCCUAAAGGUCUUGGGUUCAGCAUUGCUGGAGGUGUUGGAAAUCAGCAUAUUCCUGGUGAUAACAGCAUCUAUGUAACCAAAAUAAUUGAAGGAGGUGCAGCACACAAGGAUGGAAAGCUUCAGAUUGGAGAUAAGCUUCUAGCAGUGAACAGUGUAUGUUUAGAAGAAGUUACUCAUGAAGAAGCAGUGACUGCCUUAAAGAACACAUCUGAUUUUGUUUAUUUGAAAGUGGCAAAGCCAACAAGUAUGUAUAUAAAUGAUGGCUAUGCACCACCUGACAUCACUAACUCUUCUUCUCAGUCUGUUGAUAACCAUGUUAGCCCAUCUUCCUACUUGGGCCAGACGCCAACGUCACCAGCCAGAUACUCACCCAUUUCUAAAGCAGUGCUUGGAGAUGAUGAGAUCACUAGGGAACCUAGAAAAGUUAUUCUUCAUCGUGGUUCAACAGGACUUGGCUUCAACAUUGUGGGAGGUGAAGAUGGAGAAGGGAUAUUUAUCUCCUUCAUCCUGGCUGGAGGACCCGCUGAUCUAAGUGGAGAACUCAGGAAGGGAGAUCGUAUUAUAUCGGUAAACAGUGUUGACCUCAGAGCUGCAAGUCAUGAACAAGCAGCUGCUGCAUUAAAAAAUGCAGGCCAAGCUGUCACAAUUGUCGCACAGUAUCGACCUGAAGAGUACAGUCGUUUUGAAGCUAAAAUACAUGACUUACGGGAGCAGAUGAUGAACAGUAGCAUUAGUUCAGGGUCGGGUUCUCUUCGAACUAGCCAGAAGCGGUCCCUCUACGUCAGAGCCCUUUUUGAUUACGACAAGACUAAAGAUAGCGGCCUUCCCAGUCAAGGAUUAAACUUCAAAUUUGGAGAUAUCCUCCAUGUUAUCAAUGCUUCUGAUGAUGAAUGGUGGCAAGCCAGACAGGUUACACCAGAUGGGGAAAGUGAUGAAGUGGGAGUAAUUCCUAGUAAACGCAGAGUUGAGAAGAAAGAACGAGCCCGAUUAAAAACGGUCAAAUUCAACUCUAAAACAAGAGGAGAUAAAGGGCAGUCAUUCAAUGACAAGCGUAAAAAGAACCUCUUUUCCCGAAAAUUCCCCUUCUACAAGAACAAGGACCAGAGUGAGCAGGAAACAAGUGAUGCUGACCAGCAUGUAACUUCGAAUGCCAGUGAUAGUGAAAGUAGUUACCUAAUCUUGAUUACAGAUGAGUAUGGCUGCUCAAAAGGUGGUCAAGAAGAGUAUGUUUUGUCUUAUGAGCCAGUGAACCAACAAGAAGUUAAUUAUACCCGACCAGUCAUUGUAUUGGGACCCAUGAAAGACAGAGUAAAUGAUGACUUAAUCUCAGAAUUCCCUGAUAAAUUUGGAUCCUGUGUCCCUCAUACAACCAGACCAAAACGUGACUAUGAGGUGGAUGGACGAGAUUAUCACUUUGUGACCUCAAGAGAGCAGAUGGAAAAAGAUAUCCAGGAGCAUAAGUUCAUUGAAGCUGGCCAGUAUAACAACCAUCUGUAUGGAACAAGUGUUCAGUCUGUGCGAGCGGUAGCAGAGAAGGGCAAACAUUGCAUCCUUGAUGUCUCUGGAAAUGCCAUAAAGAGGUUGCAAAUUGCACAGCUUUACCCAAUAUCUAUUUUUAUUAAACCCAAAUCCAUGGAAAAUAUCAUGGAAAUGAAUAAGCGCCUAACAGAAGAACAAGCCAGAAAAACAUUUGAGAGAGCCAUGAAGUUGGAACAGGAAUUCACUGAACAUUUUACAGCUCUUGUACAGGGAGACACGCUGGAGGACAUUUACAACCAAGUGAAGCAGAUAAUUGAAGAACACUCUGGUCCUUAUAUUUGGGUCCCUGCAAAAGAAAAAUUAUGAAGACUGAUGUUUCUCUGUUUCUUUUCCCACGGUCUCAUUUCUCUGCCUUGUCCUCUGGAGUCUGUCUUCAGCGCUCUUCUCACACUGACUGAGAUCCCUCAUCAUGGUCGGCGGUUGUGCCCGUUUUUGACAUCUAGUGUCUCCUUCAUGUUGCAUCGUCUGUAUUAUUCUGUUACUAUUGGUUUCUGGCCACUUUUCAGAACUGAAGAUGAAUGGCCUGACCAGCUAUCAAGGGUUUGGGGAGAUGCAAAAUUGUAAAAUUCCUUAAUGUUUAAGGGAAAGUUAACUUUAAGAGAUUUUCAGAAAAGCUUUAUAUACAUUCUUUUCCAAUUUUAGUACAAAUGAAAGAAAAGUGGUUUUAAUCAGUGAUUCAGUGGACCUUGAGCAACUGUGCACGCUUAACUGUAAUAGCAUGGUUUGGCCGGUGUAUGAGCUCUCAAGUUCUUUCCUAAAUUGACUUCUGGCAUUAAAGUAAUUAUUUCAUUAAAGACAAAUAAGAAAAGUAGGGGUUUUAUUUCAAAAUUAAUGCCUGAGUUAACUCAUGAUCUCAGGAGGGCUCUGCGUUACUCACGAGGCCUUUGUUGUGUGAGCCCUCCCCUGGCACACUCGCCAGGGAUAACUGCUCGAGCGUUUCUGAUCAGCGUAUGCGGCCUGCUCAUUGUGUGUGCCUCUCAAGCAUUGUCCGUGCACUUUUCUGAUGACGGCUCUGCUGAAGGGCGGGGCCUCACCUUUACACACAGGUGAGGAACUUUCACAGACAACUGCAGACAAAAUGUUUCGGUGGAGAUGUAGCAAUCAUGGCAGUGGGAAGGAAUCCAAUUCAUAGCCUGAAAUUUUAAUGUAUGCUUAGGGAGGGGUCAGAUUUUAAUGACUAUUUUACCCACAAUAACUGCCUAUUUUGUUAUAAUAAAAUAUAUAAAUAUAUAUAAAACUUUCUUUAACUAAACUCUGUAACUAUGGGAAUUAUUUUCUUUACAUAGUUGCACACACAAACAUAUAUAUAUAUAUUUAAAAUAUAUUUUUCUUUUGCCACCUACUUCUAACUUUUUGUUUGGUUUUUAAAUUAAAUAUUAAUUGAUGAGACUUACCUUCCUUAAUCAUGUGAACUGAAAGUGUGUGUAUGGUGGUGGUGAGGAGAAGCCUCUAGGGAAACCAGAUUGCAAGUAGGACAAGCUUGUUCUCCUCUUUCCUACAGAAGUUCCAGAACGUUCCUAGGUUCUCUGUCAGUGUUGUGUUCUUGUCAUGGAGUUGGAUUUUGGUCCUCUGCCUUUCCUUUUAGUUCUCCUCAUUUCAUUAAUAGAGAAACAGCCUGCAUUUUGAGACUCCCCCGGACACUUGAUCUUCGUAGCUACACUGUACUAGAAUUGCACAGAUCUUUUCAGCAAACUACGUCAGCAAUUUUAGUGAGAGGCAAAAUGCCUUGAGAAAUGAGUUUCUAGUCCCUUAUUAAUAUCAUCUGGCUUCCCAUUGCUCUUUGGAAUUGUUUAUUCAAUAUGUGGUUUCGGCAACCUCUUUAAAAUUUCUUAAAUGAGUACUCGUUUGUAAAGAAUUAUCAACAUUAUCCAUUCCGUUUAUGAGAAAGAGGAGAACAGCUAAUAAACUUUAUUGUAAAAUCCA